AUGGGACUUAUGAUGACGCACCAGGUACUAUCAACUCCAUUACGGACACAGCCACGCACUAAUCCAAUACCUGCAGACUAUUAUAAAUUCGUUCCUCGCCCAUUCCAUAUCAUGGGAUAUGACGGCGCCGGGAUAGUUCAAGAAGUUGGUCCAGAAUGUACCAGAUUCAAGCCCGGAGACGAAGUAUUCUAUGUCUCAUCUCCGACAAAACAAGGAGCCUACUGUGAAUACCAAAUUGUCACGGAUGCCACUGUCGGGCAUAAACCGAAAUCACUGGAUUUUGUCGAGGCUGCCGCGAUGCCACUAACAUAUGGAACGGCCUACGAGUCCUUAGUGGAUCGACUGGAGAUCAAAAAGGGAGAAAAGGCCGGCAUACUGAUCAUCAACGGUGCCGGUGGUGUAGGGGCCAUGGCGUCUCAAAUCGCGCGAUGGGUACUCGAUUUGCCUGUCGUGGUUACCACGGCAUCGCGACCUGAGACGAUCGAUUUCACGAAGAAAAUGGGAGCGACUCAUGUUAUCAACCACCGGGAGGAUUUGAAGAAGCAGAUUGAUGAGCUUCAGCUUGAUGUGCCUAUCAAAUAUGUUUACAUUACCCAUUCCACAGCGCAGUACCUUGGUGUUUGCUCGGAUAUUAUUGCACCGCUGGGGAAGGUUUGCUCGAUUGUUCAAUCCGCCGAUAUGAACAUGUAUGGUACUCAGUUUAUGUCUAAGUCUUUAACUUUCGUCUGGUGUUGGCUUGGAUCGAGGCUGUAUCAUGGGCUGGAGACCGAUCAGGGAGAAAUGUUGGAAGAGCUUUCAGCUCUUAUUGAUGCUGGCAAGAUUAAGUGCCACUUGACGAGGCGACUGCAAUUGAAUCUUGAAGGAAUUAAAGAGGCACAUAAGAUCCUUGAAUCCGGCAAGGCUAUUGGAAAGGUCGGGCUUGGUUUAUCAGAAGGUGGAUGGGCUUAA